CAGAAGAAACCCCUGAUUAAAUUGCUCUCAAAUGAAUCCCCUUCCCUCUUCUUUGAUGCAAGGUGGUCCAUUUCAGACAAGGCAUACAUAUACGUAGCCUCUCUCUCUCUCUCUCUCUCUCUCUCUCCUUGGUUUUCUCGUAUUCAAUUGUCUACGACCCUUCCACCAUCAUUCGCGUCGAAGCCUUUUUUUUUUCCCGUUGCCUAUUUUUUUUUUUUUUGCUAUACAAUAUUCAGAAGAAGGCAUGGAAUCUUAUGGGUAUUCCUCUAGGUUUUGUCCCCUCUCUCUCUCUUCUACCGGGAAUUUUGUCGAACGGAUUAGAGACGCCUGCAAUUUCGCCGUUUCAGCUGUCCUUGGCAACAUCUUCUCCGCCAUCUUAACCUUCUUCUUCGCUUUCGUGGGCACUUUGCUGGGAGCAUUGACAGGAGCUUUGAUAGGCCAAGAAACGGAGAGCGGGUUCAUAAGAGGUGCUGCGGUUGGGGCUGUUUCCGGGGCUGUUUUCUCCAUCGAAGUCUUUGAAUCUUCUCUCAUCCUCUGGCAAUCAGACCAGUCUGGAAUUGGAUGUCUCCUCUACUUGAUCGACGUCAUUGCUAGCCUUUUGAGUGGGAGACUUGUCCGAGAACGUAUGGGUCCAGCAAUGCUAAGUGCCGUGCAGAGCCAGAUGGGAGCUGUGGAGUUGUCACAGUUCCAGGAACAAACAGACAUAUUUGACACGGGCAGCUCAAAGGGAUUAACUGGUGAUUCUCUGGAAAAGAUCCCGAAGAUCAGCAUCACAGGCAACAACAACGUAGACAACUCAUCUUGUUCUGUCUGCCUCCAGGACUUUCAAGUGGGAGAGACGGUUAGGAGUUUGCCUCAGUGUCAACAUAUGUUCCACCUACAUUGCAUAGAUAAGUGGCUUCUGAAGCAUGCUUCUUGCCCUCUUUGCAGAAGGGAUCUCUGAUCUUGUUCUUGUAAGAAUAAGUUAAAUCGUGUUGUUUGAUUUCAUUACAACAUAUAAUACAGAUACAGGUCCUUACACUUUAGACAAUAGACAGCAUGUCCGGUCGAACGCUUGUUUAGGCUUACUUGUUGACUUUGAUAACUUCACACAUAUUUAUACAUAUAUUACAUAUGGUUUUUGUGUAUCAUUUUUGUACUUUGUAAAUAAAAAACACUCGAUUCCUAUAUGUUGUCCAAAUUAAUUUAAUUAUAUACAUAUCUUUGACAUU